AUGUCUUCUGAAAUAGAUAGGAUACGUUACGAGAGGUUGAAGUUAGUGUGCAAGAAAGCGCUAGAACAAUCGAUAAAAAAAUCCCUUUCUAUUGACCAGAUUAAAACAUGCUAUCCAACAAUCGCCAGUACAGAAGAAGGGCAGAAAUCAUUAGAAAUUGCAAGAUCACAAAUUAUCAAGUUUUGGCAUAAUAAUUCGACCAAAGAAUUCGAUCUAAUUUUCAAGGAGCGUAAUAUAGAAACCAAAUUGAACGAGCUAGAUGAAAUAAUACAGAGGGCACAAGAAAGAAAACUCGAGGGUAACGAAGCGCCAGUUCAGGUUGAUAGGCUUUCUCCUUCGGAUUUGAUAGAAUCAUCACUAUCAGGAACCAAGAAAGAAACUAUAGAGAGUUUGACCAUGAUAUAUAACCAGUUGUGUCUUGAUAAUAUGGAAUUAUACGGCCAGUUGAAUUCAUUGUGCGAAGAGAGCGAAACAAUCAAGUCAGAUUUGAAGAGUCUGGCUGAUUUAUUAAGUGAGGAUCUUAAGAGUCUCAAGGAUGAUGAUUUAAGGAUUAGAGUCGAUGACCUUAUAGCCACCAUAGGAGAAUAA